AAAUGAAGGAAAAAGAAAAAACAAAAAGAAAAGAAAAGAAAUGACAUUUGGGAGAAUAGCAACAAAACAUUGCAAGUCACAAUCAGGCAAGUUUUAUAACGAGAAGGGAGGGAAUCAUAAUCUGAUUGAUAGACGCCUGAUGAAGCAAACCGAUUUUAAUUCUUCAGCUACGUCGGGAUUUAAAAACAAAAUAAAGGAAAUCAUUUUAAUUCUUCAGCAAACCGAAGUGUUCUUGAUAAUAAUAAAGAUAAAACAGAAGAGCAGUAAUGGCUACUGUUACUUCAACGAGAGUGUUGGGUUCAUGGCUUUGCAGAUUCUCAAAUGGGGUUUCCCUUAAACCCUCUUCCUCUUUCACUUAUCAGAGUGCUUUAUUAUUCAGAGGCAAGCUCUCAUCUUGCUCACAUUACUCGACUUAUGGCAAAUGGGUUCCAGCCUCUCAAAUCCAAUCUUGCAAUUCUGCUCGGAAGAUUCGAACUUUUGCCCCUCUUUGUAUGGGUAGACGUUCUUGCAAAAUUGCUGGCAGGAAGACUGCCCAGGAUGCUAAGAAGGGAAAGUUAUGCUCAAAAAUUGGAAAACAAGUUGUAUCUGCGGUUAAGAGAGGUGGUACCAAUCCGGUAUCUAACCCUGCUCUCGCAGCAUUAUUUGAAAAAGCUAAGGAGCUUGAUGUGCCUAAGGAAAUUGUAGAGCGCAACAUUAAGAGAGCUUUAGAGAAGGGACAAGAAACCUACACUGAAAAAAUCUAUGAGAUAUAUGGCUUUGGUGGAGCUGGUGUAAUCGUUGAGGUAUCAACAGAUAAUACAAACAGAUCGAUACAAGCUAUCAGAGGAGUAAUUAAGGACCAUGGAGGGAAGAUGGCUGAUUCUGGAUCCCUUCUGUUUAAGUUCAAGCGUGCUCGUGUUGCAAACAUAAAAGUCACAGAUGUUGAUAAAGAUGAGCUCCUUACUGUUGCAUUAGAUGCUGGUGCUGAAGAUGUGAUAGAGCCUCCGAUGCUUGAUGAUGAUUCUGAAGAGGAUAUCUCAGAGAGAUACUACAAAGUUAUUUGCUCAUCAGAAAAUUACACUGAAAUACUGACAAAGCUGCGUGAAGCUGCAAUACCUUGUGAAACUGAUAAUGGAUCUGAGCUACUUCCCAUAAAUCCCAUUGAGGUAGAUGAUGAAGCUAUGGACUUGAACAGGGAACUUGUGUCUAAACUUCUUGAACUGGAUGAUGUUGAUGCUGUAUAUACUGACCAGAAGAGUUGAGAUCACUGGUUCCACAUGGCAGCUGCACAUUCGUUAAUGUUCCCGAGCAGGUGACUAGUACGAGUGUAUCACACGUUGUGAAAGAAAUUUUUGGCGUUUAUACAAUUGUACAUGAAAUAGUAUGUCGCGAGAGCCGAGAGCCUAUCAGAUCAAGUUCAGGUGGUGUGGGACUGAAGUGUAGCUGCUUGAUGCUUCAAAAAAAAUUCUUUUCCUAUUUUAUUCAGACGAAAAUUGAAACUGAAGCGGGACCUAACCAAGAGUUUGGAUGCAUCAUUUUUUGAAGAUCACCUUUCCAAGCAUGAGUCUGUUUGAUUUGAUUGAUCGUAGAAACCAUUAUAUGGCUAUUUUGCCAAUUUUUGUUAAUAAGAUAUAUUCUUCCGUAAUCCGACAACUUAAAGUAUAUAAACAUUGUACCUCCAGGCAUGAAUUUCUCAUAUUUCACCGGUUAUUUUUUGUUAUUGAGUUCUGAGACUCAACUUUCCGGCAGACUCAGAGAAUCCUUUAUCUCAGUCAGUCUCCAUACCAUUUCAAAGUGCAGUUCAUGGGAAUGAGAUGACUAAAUUCA